AUGAGUUGUCAGAUCUCGUGCAGACCUUGUGGGAGAGGAGGAGGAGGAGGUGGAGGAAGACCCCUGGGCUUCAGCAGCGGCUCGGCUCUGGCCUUCUGUGGGAGCCGAAGAUCAGGCUUCAGCUUCCCCUGCUUGAGCCGCCAUGGUGGUGGUGGACGCGGCUUUGGCAGCUGGAGUCUUGUUGGCCUUGGAGGAACCAAGAGCAUCUCUGCUAGUGUGGCUGGAGGAGGUAGAAGCUUUGGCUCCAGGGGUGGAUUUAUUUGCAGAGGAGGUGGCUUUGGAGGAGGCAGUGGCUUUGGAGGUGGCAGCGGCCUUGGAGGUGGUGGUUUUGGUGGAGGCGGCUUUGGAGGUGGCGUUGGUUUUGGAGGCUUUGGGGGCCCUGGUGGCUUUGGGCCUGGAGGAUUACCUGGUGGGGGCAUCCAUGAAGUCUCCAUCAACCAGAGCCUCCUGCAGCCUCUCAACGUGAAAGUUGAUCCAGAGAUUCAGAAUGUGAAGUCUCAGGAGCGGGAGCAGAUCAAAAUACUCAACAACAAAUUUGCCUGCUUCAUUGACAAGGUGCGGUUCCUGGAGCAGCAAAACCAGGUUUUGCGGACGAAAUGGGAAUUCCUGCAGCAAAUAGAUGGUGACACCUGCAUCAUCAACCUGGAUCCCAUCUUCCAAGCAUACAUUGCCAACCUGAAGAAAAAAGUGGAUGUGCUUUGCGCCGAAAGGGCAUCACAAGAAUCUGAGUUGUGCCACGUUCAGGAUCUUGUUGAGGAUUAUAAGAAGAAGUACGAGGAUGAAGUUAACAAGCGCACGUGUGCUGAGAAUGAUUUUGUGACACUUAAAAAGGAUGUGGACAAUGCCUACUUGAACAAGGUGGAACUGCAGGCCAAGGCGGAUGUGCUGAAUCAGGAGGUGGAGUUCCUGAAAAUCCUCUUUGAUGCGGAGCUGUCCCAGAGGCGGCAGACUAUCACGGACACCAACGUCAUCCUAUCCAUGGACAACAGCCGCAGCCUGGACCUGGACUGCAUCAUUGCUGAGGUCCAGGCCCAGUACGAGGAGAUUGCUCUGAAGAGCAAAGUUGAGGCUGAAGCUCUAUACCAGAGCAAGUACGAGGAGCUCCAGGUGACUGCUGGGAAACAUGGAGACUGCCUGAAAGAGAUCAAGGUAGAGAUCUGUGAGCUGAAUCGCUUGAUCCAGAGACUGCAAGGGGAAAUUGCCCACGUGAAGAAGCAGUGUAAGAGUGUGCAGGACGCCAUCGCAGAGGCCGAACAGAAGGGAGAACAUGCCCUCAAAGACGCCAGGCAGAAGCUUGUAGAGUUGGAGGAGGCCCUGCAACAGGCUAGAGAGGACAUGGCCCGGCUUCUUCGGGACUACCAGGAGCUCAUGAACACCAAGUUGGCCCUGGACGUGGAGAUCGCCACUUACAGGAAGCUGCUGGAGGGCGAGGAGUGCCGGAUGUCUGGGGACCUAAGCAGCUGCGUGACUAUGUCUGUGACAAGCAGCACCAUUUCUUCAAAUGUGGCAUCCAAGGCCGGCAUUGGACACUGUGGGCCUGAAGGAAGAGGGUUCAGUUCCGGAGGAGGAGGAUACAGCUCGGCAAGUAGCAGUUAUGGCUUUGGAGGCAGAGGAUCUAGCUCCAAAGGUGGCAGCGGAGGCGGCUACUGCUCUGGAGGUGGCUCCAGAGGAGGCUCUGGCUCUGGAGGGGGAGCUUCUAGCUCUGAAAAGGGUUGUUCUGGUGCAGCUGAAAGUUGUGGUUCCGGCGUGGCCUUCUCUUUCAGAUAAAGAUGAGGUCUCCCCUCUGAUUCUCCCACUCCAGAAUGUACGAUCUGUCUCUGUACAUCUAAUUGACAGCAAGUCAGAUUUUGUCAUCCUUCUCUGACGGCAUUUUGGGGAAAUGGAUACCCACAUGUAGUUUGGAAAUAUCUUCUCUCCAAACAAAUUAGUUGGAACCAGUAAUACCUACUGUCCCCUGGGGCAGGAUCUUCUAGUCGUGCCCCAUUCCCUGCCCCUCCUUCCCUCCUUGCAUUGCCCGUUUGGUGGUCCUUUUCCAGACAGAUACUCUGUUGAGGAGCCCAGGGCGGCCUGUUGGUUUCAUCUCAAAGCACGCACCCGGGGAGACAUGCUUC